CUUUGGGGGCGGGGGGGCCUGGGGAUUGCCCCCGCCUUCCCCUUACUGAAGAGGAAAAUGAAACCUGGACACCUGAUUCCUCCUCUUUGCUUCCUACCUGCUGCCCCGGGCUUCUGGCCCAGCACCACGUCGGAGACUCGGGCUCCCCUUCCGUAAACGAACUGAGAUCCGGCCUGCAGCAAAAGCCCUUUGGAAAGGAGCGCUGCUAGAGCGCACAUCGAUAAAAAGGACGGGCAGCAUUUGUUUCCCAGCGUGUCCUAGGAUGAGAUGAUUGGGAAAUAGUCCUUUGAACACCUGUCCUCUCCACAGGUCCAGUGUGGGCACCCUGCUGGCAUCCAAGGAUGGAAAUUCUAUGAUGCAGACGACUACCAUCCAGAGGAAAAUCGAAUGAAGAUGAGUAAAGGAAUACCACUGAAUGACCAGGACAGGAUUCCAUGGCUCUGCAAGUUGCAUGACAUUUUACUAAGAGAUACAGCCUCAGGACAGCACGUAGUUCUAGCCUGUUCAGCUCUGAAGAAAAGCUACAGAGACAUCUUAAUCCGAGGGCAAGAUUGUGCACCUUGUAAGUGUGACGAGUCAGGGAAGGAAGGAAAGCCUGCUAAGGUGAAGCUCUUUGUGGUCCAUCUGUAUGGGACAUUUGAGCUCAUUUCCAAACGCUUACUCAAGAGAAAAGGACAUUUUAUGCCCCCUGAGUUACUGCAAUCUCAAAUUGAUACUCUGGAACCCCCAUCAGCUCCAGAAAAUUUCAUCCAAAUCAGUGUGGACAAAAAUCUCUCAGAGAUAAUUGCUAUAAUUAUGGAAUCACUUCACAUCAGUGGUACAGGACAGUAGAAGGCAUAAAUCUCUAUCCUAUCCCAAAAGUUGUUCCAGUAUCCUGUCAAGACCAUAUUCUAACUUCUAAAAGAGCAAACAACAGUGAACUGAGAAUCCUGUUUGGAUGUAAUUUUGGGAAUUUGUGAUACUCUGCCAUCACGCUUUGGCACACUGGAAGAAGGAACUUUAAAUUUUAAAUUUUAAUUCAUGUAGACAAUCAAAUGAUCAGAGGAACUUUAUAAUCACUGCUAUAAAUCAAGACCUUGUGUAAAACAUUUUGACUAUGCCUGUAUUUGGAUAAAUAAGUGAAAACUGACUGUCCUUGCAAUUUCCUCUGGAAACUGGUCUCAGGAGCAGAAAUGUGUACAGUAUUAAUCACUCACCAAGUCAUUUCACAGUACAUACCUCCUAAUCUCUCUCUUUGGGUUGCUUAAACAUAAAUAAGGUGCAUGCUAGUAAUUCAUGAAUAUAAAAAAUUGUGAAGGUGGAAGUUGAGUGAAUGAAGCACAAACAGGCCAAUCAGGUCUACCGCCUCAUUUUACAUGAGGUAUCAUCUCACACUUGUGAGAAUGGCACCUAUUUUUUUUUCAGACUUAGUUUUUUAUACAAGUACCGGGGUACAGGUCAGAUGUGCGGGAGGGUGAGAGGAUUCACCAGAGACAGAGUGGGGAACAGAACAGGCAGAAUGAUGAAAUACACUGCUAAAGGGAGCAGCAGGCAAGACAGGAGAGGUCUGCUUCCCCAUGUGGGAUUCUCGCCGGCUGGCCGGGAUCGAACCUGCGCUAUAGAGGCUGCGGACAGCUUCACAGUGUGGCGCCCAAUUGCCUGCG